CGAAAACACCAAUUGCAUAAUUGAUAAGCUCCUGAAAAACCUACUGAAUCUUUCCAGCUCAUAUGAAAUCUUCAAGAAUUCGUGAAAUACCUGCACUUAUUCACGCAACAUUCCGACUGAACCUAGCCAGCUGUGUUAGACAACAGAUAGCUCCCCGCAUCCGAUCGCCUAUAAUAUACCGCACAAUGGCUACAGCUAUGGCAAAGAGGUUGGAGGGAAAGACAAUUCUGAUCACGGGUGCUUCUUCAGGAAUUGGCCGAAGCACGGCACAUGAAUUUGCGAGGACGUCUCCAAAGAACUUGAAACUUAUUCUUACGGCUAGGCGAAUCGACGCACUCAAAGAAGUGGCUGCAAAUAUUACUAAGGAGGUUGGUGAUGGUGUUAAAGUCCUACCAGUAAAGCUGGAUAUGUCCAAAACAGACGAAAUAAAGGAUUUCAUUGGAAGGCUACCAGAGGAAUUCAAGAACAUUGAUGUGUUAGUUAAUAACGCCGGGCUCGUCAAAGGCAUGGCGCAAUCUCCGGAUAUUGCUGAAGAAGACAUUAACAUUAUGUUUUCGACAAAUGUACUCGGUCUCAUAGCGCUGACCCAAGCUGUGAUGAAAAUUUUCAAGUCGCGGCCAAAUGGCGGUUCUGGUGAUAUCAUCAAUAUUGGUAGCAUUGCCGGUCGUGAAGGAUAUGCUGGUGGCAGCAUAUACUGUGCUACCAAGGCCGCUGUGAGAACGUUCACUGAGGCCCUGCGGAAGGAGCUGAUCGCUACGAGAAUAAGGGUGAUGGAGAUAGACCCAGGUCAGGUAGAGACUGAGUUCAGUGUGGUGAGAUUCUAUGGUGAUAAAGAAAAGGCGGACGCCGUUUAUAAAGGCGUGGAUCCAUUGACGCCAGAUGAUAUCGCGGAGGUGAUUGUUUUUGCUGCGGGACGAAGGGAGAAUGUCGUUAUCGCCGACACGCUGAUAUUCCCAAAUCACCAGGCCUCAGCAGGUAUUAUGCACAGGAGAAAUACGUAAGAGCAUUGCUCAAGCAAGACGAUUAUCAACCUCGCAUUUUUUGUCAAAAUUGUGAAGUCGGACAGCCUUGAUUGUCCUCUUGAAUAUUUUCUCACCAAAUAAUUAUUGAUUUUUUUUAUCUUGAUGGUUAUACAGACUGCUAGUCUGCGACUUCAGCACCGCCUACCACGCCCAAUCAAAGCACGGAGAUGUUUCAUACGCGUCACUGGAAUUUUUGGGGAAAAAUGAGCUUAUUAUCGACAUUGCCCUGGAAUACGUAUAAUUUUGCGAGACUAGACAUUUUCGGCACAAACGUUAAGCAAGCUUACAAAAGCUGUGAUAUGGUCUUUAAUUCUUGAUUUG